CACACCUGCCUCCUCAGCACUUUGCCUGUCCCUAAGAGGGCUCAUCAAAGAAAGAAUGGCUGUCAGCCACCUGCCAACCAUGGUCCAGGGCUCGGUGACCUUCAAGGAUGUGGCCGUGCUCUUCACCCAGGAAGAGUGGGGGCACCUGAGCCCGGCCCAGAGGGCCCUGUACAGGGAUGUGAUGCUGGAGAACUACAGCCACCUGGUCUCGCUGGGACUCUUAGGACCCAAACCAGAUCUGUUUUCCCAGCUGGGAAAAGGGGAAGAAUGGAUGCCAGAGGAUGCCUCGGGAAGCUUCUGUCUUGACUGGAUGACUGUGCCUGUGAGUAAGAAAUCUACUCUCAAGGCAGGGAUCCCUGAAGAAGAAUUGGAUCAGUGGACAAUAAAGGAAAGAUUCAGUAGAGAUAGUGCCUGGACAUGUGCCGGCUUGUUGGAAUGGCAAUGUGGAGACCAGGAGACCAGUUUGCAGCAAGUGGUACUCACUCACCAGAACACCCCAUCUGGGAUCAGUGAACAGGAAUGUGAUAGAUCUGGGAAGGGCUGCACCAUGAGCUCCUCUCUUUUUCAAAGUCCGGGAUUUCAACCUAGCAAAAAAGCCUUUGAGUGCAGUGAGUGUGGAAAAGUCUUCUCCAAGAGUUCAACUCUUAAUAAACAUCAGAAAAUUCAUACUGAACAAAACACAAAUCAGAAAACUCAUAUUAAAGAGAAACGAUAUGAAUGUCGAGAAUGUGGGAAAGCCUUUCACCAGAGCACACACCUCAUCCAUCACCAAAGAAUUCACACUGGUGAGAAACCCUAUGAAUGCAAGGAAUGCGGCAAGGCCUUCUCAGUGAGCUCCUCCCUUACUUACCAUCAGAAAAUUCAUACUGGAGAGAAGCCUUUUGAGUGCAACUUAUGUGGAAAAGCUUUUAUCCGAAACAUACACCUUGCCCAUCAUCAUAGAAUACAUACUGGAGAAAAACCUUUUAAAUGUAACAUUUGUGAAAAAGCCUUUGUGUGCAGGGCACAUCUUACCAAACACCAGAAUAUUCACAGUGGAGAUAAACCCUAUAAAUGUAGUGAAUGCGGGAAAGCCUUUAAUCAGAGUACAAGUUUUCUUCAGCAUCAGAGAAUUCACACUGGAGAGAAACCCUUUGAAUGUAAUGAAUGUGGAAAGGCCUUCAGGGUGAACUCUUCCCUUACUGAACAUCAGAGAAUUCAUACUGGAGAGAAACCUUAUAAAUGUAAUGAAUGUGGGAAAGCUUUCAGGGAUAACUCAUCCUUUGCACGACAUCGGAAAAUUCACACUGGAGAGAAACCUUACAGAUGUGGUUUGUGUGAGAAAGCCUUCAGGGACCAAUCAGCCCUAGCCCAACAUCAGAGAAUUCAUACUGGGGAGAAACCUUAUAUGUGUAAUAUAUGUGAAAAAGCCUUCAGUGACCAUUCAGCCCUUACCCAACACAAGAGAAUUCAUACUAGAGAAAAACCUUACAAAUGUAGAAUCUGUGGGAAGGCCUUUAUCCGAAGCACACACCUCACUCAACAUCAGAGGAUUCACACAGGAGAGAAACCCUAUAAAUGUAAUAAAUGUGGGAAAGCUUUUAACCAGACUGCAAACCUCAUUCAGCAUCAGAGGCAUCAUAUUGGAGAAAAGUGAUACAAAUGCGGUUUAUAUGGAAGAGCUUU